AUGACUCAAUUUCUCUCAGCGAGCAACACUCUCUUGACGACGACCGAAAAUGGCCACCAAACAAUCAUCCCUGUUAUUGGCGGAGUUGGAAUAUGGGGAAUUCCGAGCCCAGGAACAUUCUUCAAUAUCCCUGGCUUCCCUGGUGCUAUUACUAUUCCAUGUCUGAUUGCAUGUUCUUCGAGUGCGAGCAUGCCCUCGACUGAUGAAGAAGCUAUUGAGGGCAGUGAUCAGGCUAGUAGCAGUAGCAGCUCAUCUUCGUGCACGUCCGCAUCUACCUCGAUCUACUCUACUGAGUUUGUCACUUGUACCCCCAUCACUACAUCGCGUACAAAGACCUCAACCUGCACCACCUCAACUGAGAUUUACACAACCACCGGGUGUAAUCUCGCUGUCACAGACGCGAGCACCGCCACUUACCUAAAGCUCACGGGCACAGCUCUACCCUUGACAGCUGUGACGUUCCACGUUGGCCCAGCCUCAUCCACGCCUUCAUUUUCUCUCUUGCCAUUGACAGCUGUGACGUUCCACGUCGGCCCAGCCUUGUCCACACCUCCAUCGUCUGCUUUGCCCUCACUAAGCGUAAAAUCCACCAUUGGGAGAAGCUCGAUGCCUCUAGUCCCGACCUCCAUAUUGGCAUCGACAACGGCAUCGACAACACAAUUGACCGCCGCAUCGUCAACGGCAUCGACAACAUUUGGCGAUAUUCCCCUAAUUUCAAACUUCGAUUUCAACCAGGUUGGACCUAAGCCCACGGCUAUACCAUUCACAACCACGUCAGCAAAUGGCGAGAUCCUCGCUUAUCCAUCGCGGAUCGUUGACGACUUUGCCCCAGAGGGUGUAUUCACCACGAAGGGUGCGGGCACACCCGUGACACUGCAAGCUGCAUCACCAACCCAGAUCAGCAGUAACCACGAUGGUUCAGGUCUAUGCAACAAAGUGCAAGAUUCCUGCGACAAAGCGUAUGGGAAGUAUGUAGACGACACGAUAUAUUCAUCAUACACCUCUUACACAUGGAGUGGCUCCUUCAUGGUUGCAUCGAGCGGUCAAGCCGGUUGUGCGGCCAUGUUUACAUGCGAUAAUGAUAACUAUGGUUUCGGCAUGACUGGACGACAAAUCAAGGCUGCGUAG